AGCACCGGCCGCUCACCAGUGCCGAUCAUCGCGUUACCGCCCGCGAAAGUGAACUCGAUUUUAUCAUUUCAUAAUACUAUUACACUACACUAUUAUUAUUGUAUUUUUCUCGAGUGAUUUAUACACGUCGCCGUAUUCUAAUAAAACACAUCAUUACCACUAUUAAAUUUUAUUAGACGUGGUCCUCGUCAAGAUGAAGAUCUAUCUACUCGCUUCCGUCUUGCUCAUCGCCGCAUAUCAAGUUCAUGGCCAGAGAGAAGAGUUCAAGUGCCCGGACGACUAUGGGUUCUACCCACACAGCUUAUCGUGCGACAAGUACUGGAAGUGCGACAACAAUGUGGCUGAACUAAAGACUUGCGGUAACGGUCUGGCGUUCGACGACACCGACCCUAAGUACCUGAAAGAGAACUGUGAUUACUUGCACAACGUUGACUGCGGUGCCAGAUCACAAUUGGAACCUGCCGUCGGCGGACCCCACUGCCCGAGAUUAUACGGAAUCUUCCCGGACGAUGUCAAGUGCGACACCUUCUGGAACUGUUGGGGAGGCGAAGCUAGCAGAUAUCAAUGUUCUCCGGGUUUGGCUUACGACCGCGAAUCCAGGGUGUGCAUGUGGGCCGACCAAGUACCAGAAUGCAAAGUCGAAGAAGUAGCAAACGGUUUCAACUGCCCGGCCGCCGGUGAAUUAUUGGCUUCCGUGGGAUCUUUCAGCAGACACGCUCACCCAGAUGACUGCAGGAAGUACUACAUCUGCCUGGAAGGCACUCCCAGAGAAUACGGUUGCCCGAUCGGCACAGUUUUCAAAAUCGGCGAUUCCGACGGUAGUGGAAGCUGCGAGAGCCCCGAGGACGUUCCCGGAUGUGAGGAUUACUACGGCGACCUGGACCUGAAGGCGAUCAGGAAGAGCGAACUGUUGUCCGGGCUGGACAACAAAUCCAAACAGCAAUCGUCGUCGGCUGAGUCCAAGGCAGCGCCGGCAGCACCCAAGCCACAACCCCAGAGGCAGCAACAGCAAUCCAACAGGCCGCAACCCCAACAGCAGCAGUCCAGCAGGCCACAACCCCAACAGCUCCCGGUCUCCUCGCAGUCAUCCAAAGACUACGAAGAUGCUUAGACGAGAAGACAACGGCGGCGGCUUAUAACUCGCCCGCGGUGACGGACACACACACACUCACACACAACACGCAAACACACGGACUUUUUGAAAGUUUUUUUGUAUAACUUACGGUUUUUGAAUUGCGUGAGCACCGGAUUUUCUCUCCCUCCCCCAACCCCUCUACAUAAUACUACCCCUGUCCGACGCAUGUAUAAAUAUAAAAUGAUUUAUGUAUGAAGAGGAUUUAUAUACAGGUGCUCACACAAUUUAAUACGGUUUUUUUAUAUAUAUUAUUAUUAUACCUAUUAUUAUUUUGUUUCCUUUUUUAUACGCUUUUUUUUUUUAUUCGAUUUCGAUCGAUUUUUCCGCCCGAUUCCCCAUGUAAUUUAUCCCUGUUCCCAUGAUUAAUUUGUAAACAGUUACGAUAAAAUACUGGCACAUUAAUGCGAAAACAGCAUCAGCUGCAGCCGCAAAUUACUGGUUUUACUGCUGUGUCUAGUGCACCCCCAUCACUAUUACACACACGUUUUUGUUGAUAUAAUUAUUUUCGUAUUUAAGCACAAAAAUCAAAAAAAAAGUCAUCAAACUACCCGAAGUUUAUUCACGAAACAAUCAAUAACAAUAUGUGCAUUUAUUAUUUUAUACUUCGUACAUGUAUUAAAACCCCAACCAUUGUAUAAUUUAGAUAGGCGAAUCCACAUUGUCCCGUUCACGAUAUAUUACAUUUUUUAAAUAUAUAAUAUAUGUAUGAAAUAAAUCCAUUUAUAUUAUAUACUAUAUGAAAAAUAUUUUGUACAAAUUACACUCUUUAAUUUUACAAUGUGUAGGUACUUGUCUUUGUAAUAAUUAUGUUUUUUAUUAUUGUAAGUUUAUUAAUAAUUCAUCAUUGUAUUAUGAUUACCUAGAUUAAAAACAUAGUUAUUAUAUUAAAUAUAUUAAUAUAUUAUAUAUUUGAAUACAUACA